AUGGUUAGCACUCUGGACUCUGAAUCCAGCGAUCCGGGUUCAAAUCCCGGUAGGAGCUUGUUGUUGACUGCGAGCAUCAGCAUUUUGCGUCGAUGUGAUGCCACUCUGGACUCUGAAUCCAGCGAUCCGGGUUCAAAUCCCGGUAGGAGCUUGUUGUUGACUGCGAGCAUCAGCAUUUUGCGUCGAUGUGAUGCCACUCUGGACUCUGAAUCCAGCGAUCCGGGUUCAAAUCCCGGUAGGAGCUUGUUGUUGACUGCGAGCAUCAGCAUUUUGCGUCGAUGUGAUGCCACUCUGGACUCUGAAUCCAGCGAUCCGGGUUCAAAUCCCGGUAGGAGCUUGUUGUUGACUGCGAGCAUCAGCAUUUUGCGUCGAUGUGAUGCCACUCUGGACUCUGAAUCCAGCGAUCCGGGUUCAAAUCCCGGUAGGAGCUUGUUGUUGACUGCGAGCAUCAGCAUUUUGCGUCGAUGUGAUGCCACUCUGGACUUUGAAUCCAGCGAUCCGGGUUCAAAUCCCGGUAGGAGCUUGUUGUUGACUGCGAGCAUCAGCAUUUUGCGUCGAUGUGAUGCCACUCUGGACUCUGAAUCCAGCGAUCCGGGUUCAAAUCCCGGUAGGAGCUUGUUGUUGACUGCGAGCAUCAGCAUUUUGCGUCGAUGUGAUGCCACUCUGGACUUUGAAUCCAGCGAUCCGGGUUCAAAUCCCGCACUCUGGACUCUGAAUCCAGCGAUCCGGGUUCAAAUCCCGCGAUCCGGGUUCAAAUCCCGCACUCUGGACUCUGAAUCCAGCGAUCCGGGUUCAAAUCCCGGUAGGAGCUUGUUGUUGACUGCGAGCAUCAGCAUUUUGCGUCGAUGUGAUGCCACUCUGGACUCUGAAUCCAGCGAUCCGGGUUCAAAUCCCGGUAGGAGCUUGUUGUUGACUGCGAGCAUCAGCAUUUUGCGUCGAUGUGAUGCCACUCUGGACUCUGAAUCCAGCGAUCCGGGUUCAAAUCCCGGUAGGAGCUUGUUGUUGACUGCGAGCAUCAGCAUUUUGCGUCGAUGUGAUGCCACUCUGGACCCUGAAUCCAGCGAUCCGGGCUCAAAUCCCGGUAGGAGCUUGUUGUUGACUGCGAGCAUCAGCUUUUUGCGUCGAUGUGAUGCCACUCUGGACUCUGAAUCCAGCGAUCCGGGUUCAAAUCCCGGUAGGAGCUUGUUGUUGACUGCGAGCAUCAGCAUUUUGCGUCGAUGUGAUGCCACUCUGGACUCUGAAUCCAGCGAUCCGGGUUCAAAUCCCGGUAGGAGCUUGUUGUUGACUGCGAGCAUCAGCAUUUUGCGUCGAUGUGAUGCCACUCUGGACCCUGAAUCCAGCGAUCCGGGCUCAAAUCCCGGUAGGAGCUUGUUGUUGACUGCGAGCAUCAGCUUUUGCGUCGAUGUGAUGCGUACGGUUGCAUUUAGCAGUUGGCAGUUGAUGACGACAUCAGGCAACGUCAGUUUUGCUGCUCUUAUGGUGUAA